AUGACAGGUGCCGUGGCGCAGCAGCCCGAUCUUGAUUUGGGCGCGCUUUUCGAAGGCUUGGGUGCGAUACAAAACACUGGCAAGGGUGGCAAAGGUGCAGCACGCGCAGAUGAUGCCUGCCCUGCCGGCCAGUCUCCCGUCCCGAAGAUGGACCAGCACUCCCGCAUGAUGGCCAACGGUUGCGGUCCGCAGGGCCUCGUGAUAAAGGAGCCUCAUGGGCUGUUUCGUUGCUGCAAUGGCCACGACGUCUGCUUUUCCGUAUGCGGGACCUCGCACGACUUCUGCGAGGAUCAGUUUGCCAAGUGCAUGCAGGAAGUUUGUCAGAGCCCACUAUCUGGCGAGCAUCAGGAGUGCCAAAAACAGGCACACUCCUUCUCGUCAAUGACGAAAGUCUUUGGGUCAGGUUUUCAUAAAGCCUCUCAGCAAGAUUCAUGCCACUGCGUGCCCGAGGAUGAGGCUGGCAAGAAGCAUCGGGACUACUUGGAGACCUUCUACCGAUUGUACAACGAGUCCAUGCUUGACACAGACACUCUGGAGCUGCAGCUCUCAAAGUGGAAGGGCAAGGAGGCAGAGCUAUACUUUGAUCUUGUGAAGAAGUAUGGUCACCUCUUCGUGCAGUUCGAUGACGUUCCAAAGGAGUUCGUGCACGUUCCUCAGGCAGGGGUGAGGGCGGGACGGUGGGAGCGACGGCCGCCGGGCACAGCCGAAGCGACCUUUGAUGCCGGUCUGCCGACUUGUGUAGAACGAAUGUGGUGCACAAAGCCACAAAGCGUCAUGAUGCCGCCGGUCGCUUGCUUUUCCCAGCUGGCAGCCAAUUUUCCCAGCUGCAAAGCAUCUGAUUGCUGCCAGUCAGUUUGA